UGUUUGUUUUGCCCUCUAUACUAUUCUGUUUUGCCUCCAGAGGCUAAGUGCAUGCCCAAAAUUGCAUUGCCCUCCAUGCCACUGCACGUAGAAAGAUAUAUAUAUUUUGCAAUAUGAUUUUUUUAAAAAAAUCUUGCACAUAAGACGACAACGAGGAACAUGGUGGCCAGAAGCCCCAACACGAACCCGGACAGGCAGACGGAGGCCACCCUCGCCGCCGCCGCCGUGCUCAACCCGGCCCUCGUCAUCCCUGACGCUCAAGAAGGUGGACCGGUGCGUGGUGCGGCUGCAGGAGCUGCAGUACACGGUGGCCGGCGGCGCCAAGGUCGUGUCCGACGUCAGCCUCAGCCUGCGCAGCACGCGCAGGUACCUCCGCACCAGCCUCCGGUGCAAGCAGUAGACCGUCAGGCAAGAGCUCCCAUCCCGAACCCGUUCGAUCGGCCGCCGGAGGUCCUGGCCUGGCGUCGCCCGGCCGCGCGCUGGCGGCGCCCCGGCCGUGCACUGGCCCCUCUCGGGCCGCGCGCUAGCCCUGCCCCGGCCGCGCGCUGGCUCCGCCCAGGCCUCUCGUCCGGCCGCGUGCUGGCCCCUUCCCGGCCGCGCGCCCGAGCGGCGCCCUGGGAUGCGGCGGGAGGGGCGCUGGCCCUGGGAUGCGCCCUAGGUUGGCGGCGGCGGCUUGGUGCUGGAGCGCGGGGGCGGCGUGGUGCAGGAAGGGGCGAUGGCGGCCGCGUGGUGUUGGUGGGGCAGCGGGGCGUGACUCGGUGCUAGAGAUUGUGUGGGUUUGGCACUCACGUGAGGAUAGGAUUCGAGGAGCCCAGUUUUAGUGGGAGCGUGAUCCACACAAUUACCAAAACUAUAAAUUAGGUAAUCAAGUCGGAGGAAUAUUAUGGUGAUAACACUCUUCUUAUAUUUCUUGACACUAUUCAUCCUCUCUCUUUAUUAAAACCUUGUCAUGUCAGUAAAUUUAAUGCUCAUGACACUUCCAGUGAGACUGGCCUGAAAGAUAAAAUGGUCAAGGUUAGGUUCACAUGUCAGAGCCAAUAGAUGAUGGACAGAAUGGUAUAGAAGUCAAAAAGAUAAAACACGAUGAAACAGAGGUGUUUUUAAAAUUUUUAGUGGUACGAUUGUAAGGACCAACUUUUGUAAUGGUAUAUAUAAAAAAAAAAUUUCUUUAUGCA